AGAGCAACAAGCACAUCCUGCCGUUGCCCCCACGCCCGCACAUCGCCAUGGCUGUCCCCAUAACGACCAUCGCCGAGAGCAAGGAGCUGCGUGGGCUCAACCUCAUCGCGGCGCACUCGCACAUUCGCGGCCUCGGCGUCGAAAGCGACACUCUCGAGCCCAAGCCGUCGUCGCAAGGACUAGUAGGACAGGAAAAGGCGCGGAAAGCCGCGGCUGUGAUAUUGCAGAUGGCGAAGGACGGCAAGAUUGCUGGCCGCGCGGUGCUCAUUGCAGGCCCGCCCAGUACAGGAAAGACUGCUAUCGCCAUGGGCAUGGCGCAGUCGCUGGGCGCCGACGUGCCCUUCACGAUGUUGGCCUCGUCCGAGAUUUUUUCGCUCGAAAUGUCCAAGACGGAGGCCCUCACACAGGCAUUUCGCAAGUCCAUAGGCGUGCGGAUAACGGAGGAGAGCGAGGUCAUUGAGGGCGAGGUCGUGGAGAUACAGAUUGAUCGCAGUGUCACAGGGGGCAACAAGCAAGGCAAACUGACCAUCAAGACGACCGACAUGGAAACUGUCUACGACAUGGGCACCAAGAUGAUCGACGCGAUGACCAAGGAGAAGGUUAUGGCCGGCGACAUCAUUUCCAUCGAUAAGGCCUCCGGGAAGAUCACGAAGCUGGGCCGAUCGUACACGCGCUCGAGGGAUUACGAUGCCAUGGGCAUAGAUACUAAGUUUGUGCAGUGUCCAGAAGGCGAGCUGCAGCAGCGGCGCGAGGUAGUGCACACGGUCAGCCUACAUGAGAUCGAUGUGAUAAACUCGCGCACACAGGGCUUCUUGGCCCUCUUCUCCGGCGAUACUGGCGAGAUCCGAAGCGAGGUGCGAGACCAGAUCAACACCAAGAUUGCCGAAUGGAAAGAGGAGGGCAAGGCGGAGAUCGUGCCGGGAGUGCUGUUCAUCGACGAGGUCCACAUGCUCGACAUCGAAUGCUUCUCCUUCAUCAACCGGGCGCUCGAGAGCGAAUUAGCACCGAUUGUCAUUAUGGCAAGUAACAGAGGGAACACACAGAUAAGAGGGACGGACUAUCGAUCGCCACACGGCCUACCGCUCGAUUUUCUGGAUCGGGUGGUCAUUGUUAGCACGCAUCCAUACUCGCGCGAGGAGAUGCAGCAGAUUCUUUCAAUACGCGCGCAGGAAGAGGAAGUCGACGUCUCACCAGAUGCGCUUGCUUUACUCACCAAGAUCGGUCAGGAAACGGGUCUGAGAUACGCCAGCAACCUAAUCACCACGUCGGAUCUUAUUCGCAGCAAACGUGGUGGUUCAGACGUCAGCAUCGACGACGUGCAGCGCAGCUUCGCGCUGUUUUACGACCCGACAAGAAGUGUGCAGUUUGUCACGGAAUCUGAGAAGCGUCUCAUCGGCGAUGCAGGCGAUGUAUCCCUUGCAGUCACGAACGGUACGGAUGUGAUGGAUGAGUCUUAAGCUACCUAGACAUCAUUUCCUAGGCGUACACAGGUGUCUGGUUUUACUGAGCGCUUGGGUAGAGGUAGCUCCUCAUUAGGCGUGGGAAAAGUCGCAACAUGUAACACUAGACGCUUGUCAACCGAUGGUUCAACAUUCCAAUUCCGCCUGGUGUGAAACCGUUCGAAGGGCAAUAAUUGUUCUCGGGAUGCGAGUGUAAUAAGCUGGGCAUUUCUCGCAGUUGAGGGGAACCGGAGCCGCGUCCCCUUUAUAGGUUCGUCUGAUUCGCACCGUGUGAGCUGUGAAUCUGUAACCACUGAGCUUACGUGGACGUAUCAGAGAGGCGCUCCGCGCUGUCAG